GAAUGCGCCUUCUGGCACGAGGUCGAGCAGCGCUGGUCCACGCAGGGCAUGUCGGUGGACUCCUUGGGAAACGGCACGGCCACUUGCGCGAUCAGGUACGACCUGCUCCCACUCGUGUCUGCACGUGACGGUGAGGCCCAGGAUGGUGACGGCGAGGUCCAAGCCCUGCCGCCCAGGAAGCCGAGUCUCUUUGGCUUCAUCCUGCAAGCCGUUGGUGCGACCUUCUCCUGCUCCUUAGCCUCGCAGAUCUUCUCCGUGGAGGAGGAGGAGGAGAACGAGGAGCUAGCCGCUCGAAAGGGUCAAGAGAAUCUGAGAACGAGGAAGGGACUGGAGAAUCUGAGAAAGAGCAGCGAACCGCUCGAAGUGGACUGCAGUGUCGGCUUGCUGUUGCAAGCACAUCGAGCAGACAAGCAGUACGAGCAGCGUUUGGAACAGCUCUUGCGUAAGGAGGCUGCCCGUGCCUCGCCUCAAGGCUCUAUCAAAGGCGAGAUGCUGAUAGAGAAAGCGAAGAAGGAGAACAUCUUCUUUGUGAAGCUCAGGCUGCUGGAGAUUCGGCAACAGCGACUUGGCUUGCAGAGCGGGCUCCUUGGCAUGGGCGCUCGGGGGAUGGUGGCAGACCGGGCCCACUGGAGCAUCCUUCAGGCACGGCUAGGUGUUGACUCCACUUUCCUGCAUUCCCUCUACCAGGACACCAGAGACGGGAGGCCUUGCACAUCGAAGCGAGGCAGCUCCUUGAAAACUUCCAUGCUGCGGGCCUUUGCAGACGCCUCGCACACAGCCUACUGCUCGUGGGUGCGUGUUCUGGAGCCCUCCUUGCGAGUGACCUGCUUGGAGCGUGCGGCCGUGGCGCUAUGCAAGUUUUACAGCGGACUUGCAGUUGCUGCCGUCUUCUACAGCCAAGCCGCCGUGGCUCCAGGCCAAGACGAAGGCUGCAGCAUCUUCCAGGAUCCUCUGGCGCAGCUGAUUCGCACCGCCGUGGUUGCAUGGGUCUCCGCGAUGGUGGGGCUGCUUCCGUUCUUGGCAUUGAUGCCCCUCUUUGAGAAGCUUCGGAGUAUGGAGCUGAAGAUGCGUCACAUCAUCUUCUGGAGCUUUAUCUCUACCUACCUGCUGACCUGCAUCCUGGUCGUCUGCAUCUUCCAAUCUUUGGUGAGCUACAAGGACACCCUGGACUGGAUGUACUCCGCCGCGCAGACGCUGGCAUUUUCUCUCAUUUUGACUCCCUUGCUCAUGGCCGCUGUCGUCCUCCUGUUCGUGCAUUCUGCCAACAUCGACCUUGACGAGCAUUUGCCCUUCCACGCCAAGGAUGAUCACUGCUACAAGGUGAUCCUGCGGAACAUGACGGUGUCAGGUGAAGAGGGGCAGAAUCAAGCACAGCGCUCCCAGCUGUGCGCCCGCUGGGAGAUCGCAGGGCACCCUGAAACCGCCACCAUCACUACCUUCCAAGCAGAUGCCGAUGGAGAGAUUGAGUUGGACGGUGUCAUGCCCUAUCACGCACUCCUCGUCUCCAUCUACUUCAGGUCCAAGUCAUCUACACUGCGGUUGCUCGGCAAUGCCGCACUCCCGAGUGACAAGUUCAUUCAUAGUGGCUUUGAUGGUGAGCUGCCGCUUUACCUACGAGGCAAGGCAGUAUCAGGCAUGCAGGUCGGAGUGUUCAUCGAUCGCCCUGCCAUCAGCCAACAAGCAGUUGUACAACGUGGCCGCAGCAGCAUCCGUCUUACUGUGCAGGGCAACAACGUGCAGGCUGCCGAGGAGAAAAUGCAGGAGCUUGAGGCUUUCGGCAUCUGCUUUGAGGACGAUGACGACGAUGCAAUGAUGCCAAAUGACGAUGUCAUGCCGCCCGAGGUCACAUGCCAGCUUGCGGGUAUCACUUUCGAGGACGAUGUCGUCCUUGAAAGCAAGUUCCAGAAAGACUGCAGUGAGCUUGGCAUCACCUUUGGGUCCGAUGCUGGUUCGGAAGACCUCCUAAGCCAAGCACCCGAGCACAAUGACUUGUCAAGCAGCGUGGCUGUGGUCCCUCAAAGCUGA